AUGGCACCUCUCAAAGUUAUCGAUUUGCGGUUUGAGCACUACCGUUCUCAAGACACACUAGGAGUACACGAGACCACGCCUCGCCUCUCGUGGCGGUUCGAGAAUGCACCUGAUCAAUUCGAGCAAGAAGAGUACGAGGUUCAGCUGAGCAAAAUCUCAUCAGAUGUCGCGGCACACGACGUAUGUUGCGUAAAGAAGACUUCUGCCGACACAUAUCUGGUCCCUUGGCCACAUGACCAACCCAUUCGAUCGCGCGAGCGAUACACAGCACGUGUCAGAGUCUUGGCAAAGGGGUUGAUCGAACAGACGGCCUGGAGUGAGCAUGCGACUAUAGAGGCUGGCCUUCUUGAGAGAAAGGAGUGGAGCAGCAAGGUCAUCUCGGCCCCGUGGGCAGAGGAGAUAGACAAGCCUUUGCCAGAGGAUCUAUUCCGAAAGACAUUCAACAUCAACUCCAAAAUUCAAUCAGCAAGGCUCUACAUCACCGCGCAAGGCCUUUAUGAGGCCGAACUGAACGGCCGCCGAAUCGGCAAUUAUUUCUUGGCUCCUGGCUGGUCUUCCUACGAUGCACGGUUGACGUACCAGACUUACGACGUCACCCAACUCCUUUGUCCCGGUGAUAAUUGCCUCGGAGUCCGUGUUGCAGAGGGCUGGUUCAAAGGAAGAAUAGGGUUUGAUGGCGGAGAGCGAAAUAUUUGGGGCUCCCGCACGACUCUUCUCGCGCAGCUCGAAGUUGUACUACAGGACGGGACUGUACAGGUUAUUGAUACCGAUGACACUUGGUCCGUGGCGGAAGGGCCUACUCGUCUUGCAGAAAUCUAUGACGGAGAGAAAUAUGACGCCACAGCCGAAAUCUCCGGCUGGUCGAGCCCUGGUGAUAUUUCUGGCAAAUGGGUGUGUGCCCAUGUUCUGCCAAUGAUUGCAGAAUCGGUUGAGCUCACUGCUGGGUAUUCCGAGCCCGUACGUCGGAUCGAAACUGUCAAGCCCGUUCAGCUCCUCACAACACCUUCGGGGAAGACUAUCCUCGACUUUGGACAAAAUCUAGUCGGUUAUGUCCGUAUCAAGGCCGUCAAAGGACCCCGAGGGGUUUUCGUAACUCUCACCCACGCCGAAGUCCUUGAGGAAAAUGAGUUGGGAACACGGCCACUCCGGUUUUGCAAGGCCCAGGAUAUCUAUACCCUCAAAGGUGACAAAGAGGCUGAGGCGUACGAACCUCGAUUCACAUUCCAUGGCUUCCGAUAUGUGCAAAUUGAUGACUGGCCAUCCACAGCCGGGAGCUUGCUCGAAGCUCUAGAGGCAGUUGUCUGCCAUACGGACAUGGAGGAACGAGGAACUUUCGCCUGUUCUCACGAGGGACUCAAUAAGCUCUUCGGUAACGUUCGCUGGAGCACGAGAGGCAAUUUCUUGUCCAUCCCCACCGAUUGCCCACAGCGUGAUGAGCGCAUGGGGUGGACCGGUGAUCUCGCAGUGUUCUCUCCUACUGCAAACUAUAUAUACGGUUGCUAUUCUAUCCUUCGAGACUGGCUCAAGGAUUUGUGGUAUGAGCAACAGCAAAUGGGCGGCACACCACCAGUAGUUUCACCCAACAAUCUCAAAUCCAACACAACAUGGGGGGAACCACAUCCUUGCGCUAUCUGGUGCGAUGUCACAAUCCUUGCUCCAUGGGCUCUGUGGGAAGAAACAGCAGAUCAUGUCAUCUUGUCACAGCAGUAUGCUUCAAUGCAAGCGUGGUUAGCUAGCAUCCCCAAGAACAAGACAAGCAUGUAUUUAUGGGACCCUGAGAUGUUUCAGUUUGGUGACUGGCUAGACCCGAAUGCUCGUCCUGAAGAGCCUGUGAAGGCUACUACGGACCCAACGAUGGUGGCCAACGCCUACUUAAUCCAUAGUCUCGAUAUUAUCACCCUCGUUGCGGAGAUAUUAGGCAAAACCGAGGAUGCCGCACGUUUCAAGUCAGAAGCUGCUGGCGCGCGUAUCGCAUUUGCUGCCGAGUAUGUCUCCCCGAACGGCCGUCUCGUGUCGGAUACACAGACUGCUUAUGCCGUUAGCAUCUGCUUCGACCUUCUUCAGCCACACCAGGUUGUGCAUGCUGGCAAUCGACUAGCUGCAAUUUCUCGCCGUAAUCAAUUCCGGGUUGGUACUGGGUUCGCAGGCACGCCUUUUAUCUGCGAAGCUCUCGUCAAGACUGGACAUAGCGAUAUCGCUUACGCGAUGCUUCUGACCGAAUCCUGUCCGUCCUGGCUCUACCCCGUCACGAUGGGUGCAUCGACCAUGUGGGAGCGAUGGGAUAGUAUGUUGCCCGAUGGAUCAAUUAAUCCUGGAGAAAUGACGAGCUUCAACCACUAUGCAUAUGGCGCGAUAGCUAAGUUCAUGGUUCAGCGACUUGCAGGUCUUCAGCAGCUGGAGCCGGGCUGGAAGAGGACGAGGGUCCAACCUGAAAUGGGUGGUGAAUUGGCGUGGGCUACAGCGAAGCAUUUGACGCCUUAUGGUCUUGUUUCAAGCUCUUGGGUGUUGAAGCAGGAGAAGGGUGCCUUUAAACUUCAUAUUGAUGUUGUUGUUCCGCCGACAACAAUCAUGGAGGUGAUUCUCCCUAGUGCCUCCGGGCCAAGGACUGAGAUUGUUGGGUCUGGGAAAUGGUCAUUUAGCACUCGAUACGAGAGGCAAUAUCAGUGGCCAGUUCAAGCUAUUUCGUUAUGGCCAUAG